AUGAACCGACUAGAUAAAUUGAUCAAACAAGACCAACAGAUUUUCAAGGAAAACCUUCAAAGAUCCAAGGAUCGAUUCUUCGAAUUAAAUCACAAGACUCUCGAUGCUUUCAACCCAGUCAGCAAUAAGAUUAAGUUCAACGAAUUCAGAAAUAAAAAAUUUCAUUACUACCAUCCUAUAGAGAACACAUUAAAUUCCAUCAUUACUGAAUUUUUGAAGACUUGCACCAGUAAGAAGGCACCUUGGUCGAUUGGUUCGAAGAUAUCUUCCCCAGAAAGAAAGUGUAAUCAUUUGACAUACUGCGAUUCCCAGCUUACAAGAUUUACCAAAAAUUAUAAGUCCAAAUUCGUUUCAAGGUACGAAACUGACAAAUUUGCAUUAGACCAACAAUCUGAAGGUCUCAAAUCAGACGAAAUCAUAAUAUGUGUGGUAAGAGAGUUGAUGAAUUUAUCUCAACCACCCUCAAUAACUUACUUCAAGAAGCUAUUGGACUACUUACAUAAGAAAAACUUGAAGAUUUAUCAAUCGAUAAUCAUUCGAAAUUUAGUAGAUUUAAAAUACGGAGUCACUGAUUCUAAUUGUACUGAAUUCAGACCAGAAUUUUUCAAGUCCAUAAUAGAAAAAGAUCCUAGCAUAUUGGGUUCACUCUUGAACUAUUUCAUAUCAAACAAUGAUUCAGAAACUUUUAAGAGAUUAUUAAUAUUUGACCUUUCAUCUAUUGAUAUGAACCAAUUGUUGAAAUCUUGUGAAGGUUUAAAAAAUCAAGAUUUCGCCUCAGCAUUGAAAAACCAUGUACAUAGUAAAUAA